AUGGAGAACGGCAGCUCGGCAUUCUACCUCUCCACGUUCGAAGCCUCCUACUCGAUGCAAAUGGUCAUCUUUGGCCUCUGCCUGCUUCUCUAUGUGAUCACAGUUGUAGCCAACCUGCUGGUCUUCGUGGCGGUGCUCAUGUGCCCGGAGCUGCACAAGCCCAUGUACUUGUUCCUGGGAAACAUGGCGUUGGUCGACAUCAUCGGCUGCACCAGCUCCGUGCCCAAGCAGCUGCAAAUCCUGCUGACGGGCGACACCAAAAUCCUGUACGAGUCUUGCCUCGUGCAGAUGUUUUGCGUUCACGUGUUCGCCAAUUUCGAGUCGCUGACGCUAUCGCUCAUGGCUUUUGACCGUUACGUGGCCAUCUGUCACCCGCUGCGCUAUCACACCAUCGUCACAGCCAAGAAGACGCUCGGAGUCUUGGUGCUGAUUUGGGUGAUUGCCUCGCCAGCCUGCAUGGCACUCGCGCUGCUCGUCACGCCGCUAAACUUCAGCGAUGACAAUCGGAAAAUCCAGGGGAUAUUUUGUGAUCACAUGGGCGUCAUUGUAUUGGCUGAAUCAGACAUCAAGGUUAGCAAUGCAUAUGGGACGGCGCUAACGGUGUUGUUGUUUUUCUUACCGCUUAUUUUUAUUAGCUACAGCUACUUCAAGAUUUUCAUUGAGUGUCGAAUUAAACGAUCAGCUGAGAUUACCAAGCAUGGUUUGAACACUUUGCUGACACACUUCUUGGCGCUCUUGAUAUUUUUCAUCUCUACCUUGGGUUCCACAUUAAUUGCUCGAUACAUUCAAGAUCUCAAAACUCCCAUAGUCCGAAACGUAAGGUGCUUUUUCCAGUUCGGCAUCCUUGCUAUACCCAUGGCAAAUGCAUUUAUAUAUUUUUUUCGCACUAAAGAGCUAAGGAAAGGAAUAAUGACGUCCUGUAAACAUACAUUCCUUAUAAGAAGACUAUUCCCAAGGUUUUUGAAAGUUUCGUCCAUAAGUUAA